AUGAAGAUCGCCUACCCGACGGCCUUGUUCGACCGCAACAUCACCGAUGGCCGCGCAAUGAUGUGUUCCGUUUUGACUCUCAGCAUCGGGAACAACCAGGGUAUGGGUGACGUCGACUACGGCAAGAUCUACGAUAUCUACUUCCCGCCGCAGUACCUGCGCCUGUUCGACGGGCCGUCGUGCUGCGUGAUCGACAUGUGGCGCAUCCUGGGCCGCGGCACCGUCGGCGGUGGGCUGGUGGUCGGCACCAUCAUUAAGCCUAAGCUCGGCUUGCAGCCGAAGCCCUUCGGCCAGGCGUGCUAUGGCUUCUGGCAGGGCGGCGACUUCAUCAAGAACGACGAGCCGCAGGGCAACCAGACGUUUUGCCAGAUGAACGAAUGCAUCCCCGAAGUCGUGAAGGCCAUGCGCGCGGCCCAGGAGGAAACGGGCCAGGGCAAGCUGUUCUCCGCCAACAUUACGGCGGAUGAUCCCAACGAGAUGAUCGCACGUGCCAAGUACAUCCUGAAUCAGAUGGGCCCGAUGGCGGAGAAUUGCGCCUUCUUGGUAGACGGAUACGUGGCUGGCGGCACUGCGGUGACCGUUGCGCGCCGCAAUUUCCCGAAGCAGUUUCUGCACUACCACCGCGCCGGCCACGGCGCAGUGACCAGCCCUCAGACGCAGCGUGGGUACACCGCCUUCGUGCACACCAAGCUGUCGCGCGUCAUCGGUGCCAGCGGCAUCCACACGGGCACGAUGAGCUUCGGCAAGAUGGAGGGCGAUGCUUCGGACAAGAACAUCGGCUUCAUGCUGCAGGACGACGUCGCCGACGGCCCGUACUACCGCCAGGAGUGGGAGGGCAUGAAGCAGACCACCCCGAUCAUCUCGGGUGGCAUGAACGCCCUGCGGCUGCCUGCGUUCUUCGAGAACCUGGGUCACUCGAACGUGAUCCUGACGGCCGGCGGUGGGGCUUUCGGGCACAAGGACGGGCCGAAGCAGGGCGCGAUCUCGUGCGCCCAGGGCGAGGAGUCGUGGAAGUUGUGGAAGGCAGGCACCUACGGCGACGUGAGCCUGUCGGACGGUGUCGUCGAGUACGCGAAGACGCACGAGGAGCUCAAGGGCGCGUUCUUGACGUUCCAGAAAGAUGCGGACCAGAUCUACCCUGGCUGGAAGGAGAAGCUCGGCUACACCGGCGAGUCCUCCGUCCAGGCCGCCAGCUUCAACUGGCAGAAGAAGGAUUUGGCCGCGGCGUUCGUUGGCGCCAGCACGACUCGCAAAGCGAGCUCCGUGGCCCGCCGUGCCUUGGACCAGUCGAGCCGCUACGCGGACCUGUCGCUGACGGAGGAGGACCUGAUCAAGAACGGCCAGCACGUGUUGGUGGCCUACAUCAUGAAGCCCAAGGCGGGUUACGACUACCUGGCCACUGCGGCGCACUUCGCGGCGGAGUCUUCCACUGGCACGAACGUGAACGUGUGCACCACUGACGACUUCACCAAGACUGUGGACGCACUCGUCUACUACAUUGACCCGGAGAACGAGGAGAUGAAGAUCGCCUACCCGACGGCCUUGUUCGACCGCAACAUCACCGAUGGCCGCGCAAUGAUGUGUUCCGUUUUGACUCUCAGCAUCGGGAACAACCAGGGUAUGGGUGACGUCGACUACGGCAAGAUCUACGAUAUCUACUUCCCGCCGCAGUACCUGCGCCUGUUCGACGGGCCGUCGUGCUGCGUGAUCGACAUGUGGCGCAUCCUGGGCCGCGGCACCGUCGGCGGUGGGCUGGUGGUCGGCACCAUCAUCAAGCCUAAGCUCGGCUUGCAGCCGAAGCCCUUCGGCCAGGCGUGCUAUGGCUUCUGGCAGGGCGGCGACUUCAUCAAGAACGACGAGCCGCAAGGCAACCAGACGUUUUGCCAGAUGAACGAAUGCAUCCCCGAAGUCGUGAAGGCCAUGCGCGCGGCCCAGGAGGAAACGGGCCAGGGCAAGCUGUUCUCCGCCAACAUUACGGCGGAUGACCCCAACGAGAUGAUCGCGCGUGCCAAGUACAUCCUGAAUCAGAUGGGCCCGAUGGCGGAGAAUUGCGCCUUCUUGGUAGACGGAUACGUGGCUGGCGGCACUGCGGUGACCGUUGCGCGCCGCAAUUUCCCGAAGCAGUUUCUGCACUACCACCGCGCCGGCCACGGCGCAGUGACCAGCCCUCAGACGCAGCGUGGGUACACCGCCUUCGUGCACACCAAGCUGUCGCGCGUCAUCGGUGCCAGCGGCAUCCACACGGGCACGAUGAGCUUCGGCAAGAUGGAGGGCGAUGCUUCGGACAAGAACAUCGGCUUCAUGCUGCAGGACGACGUCGCCGACGGCCCGUACUACCGCCAGGAGUGGGAGGGCAUGAAGCAGACCACCCCGAUCAUCUCGGGUGGCAUGAACGCCCUGCGGCUGCCUGCGUUCUUCGAGAACCUGGGUCACUCCAACGUGAUCCUGACGGCCGGCGGUGGGGCUUUCGGGCACAAGGACGGGCCGAAGCAGGGCGCGAUCUCGUGCGCCCAGGGCGAGGAGUCGUGGAAGCUGUGGAAGGCAGGCACCUACGGCGACGUGAGCCUGUCGGACGGUGUAGUCGAGUACGCGAAGACGCACGAGGAGCUCAAGGGCGCGUUCUUGACGUUCCAGAAGGAUGCGGACCAGAUCUACCCUGGCUGGAAGGAGAAGCUCGGCUACACCGGCGAGUCCUCCGUCCAGGCCGCCAGCUUCAACUGGCAGAAGAAGGAGUUGAGCUGA